AUGCCAAUCUCUGACUUGGAUCCGCGCGCUCAUCGAAUCGGAGUUCGCGGCCAGUCACAAUCCAAUGCAGUCGAGGUUGACCAUCGCGAGCUGCUUCGCAAGCGGCACGAGCAGAUCCCAUCAGGCUCCGUAGCCGCGGGGUUUGUCCAUCCAACCCAUCUCUACCGUCGUGAUGCCGAUGUUUUGCCGACCCCUGACAAGGCAUACAACAUGACCAUAACUCAAGACACCAUCAGUCCAGACGGCUUCGAGAGGCUCGGCUUUCUCAUGAAUGGCAAGUUCCCCGCCGAUCCCUUUGUCUGGGACGAGAACGACGACGUCGAGAUCACGGUUACCAACAACGGACCAGUCCCUUUUGCGAUUCAUUGGCACGGCAUUCACCAGAUCGGCAGCCCCGAGAUGGAUGGUGUGCCUGGCCUCUCACAAUGGAACAUCUACACGGGCGAGUCUUACACCUAUCGCUUCAAGCUGCUCAACCAGUAUGGCGGAUACUGGUACCACAGCCACGAGCGCGGGUACUACGCAGACGGACUUCGAGGUACCAUCUACAUCCGACCCAAACCCAAUCGCAAGAAGCCGUGGAGCUUGAUCAGCCAAAAGCAGGAGGACAUCGACCAGAUGGAAGCCGCCGAGAAAGACUUCCAGGUCAUGGCACUCUCGGAUCACUGGCACAUCAACCACACAGAGAUGUUGCUGGUAGUCCACGAGACCGGCGUGCCGCCGGCUUGCUUUGAUUCGCUGCACAUCAACGGCCGAGGCAGGCAGUACUGCUUGAACGACUGGACGAAGGUCAUCUCGCCCAUCCAGUCCAGCCUGCUCAAGAACUUCAGCUCGACCAACCCGGACGGCAUCACUUCCAAAGGCUGCAUCUCGCUCGUACCGCCCAAACCUGGCUACACGGUCAAGGGCACGCUUGACAGCCGGUAUGGUGGACCUUGUCAGAACACCACCGCUCCUAUGACCGUCUUCAGCGCCACCAAAGCCAUCAGCAAAGGCCGAAAAUGGCUCAAUCUGCAAGUCGUCGACACGUCAACCAAUUGGUAUAUGCAGGUGAGCAUCGACGGCCACAAAAUAUGGCUCGUCGCUGUCGAUGGACACUACGUGCAGCCGAUGCAAGUCGAUGUGGCGCAGAUCACCAUCGGCAGUCGAAUCAGCCUCAUGGUGGAGCUCAAUUCGAGUCUGGAGGGAAACAUCUUCCCGAUCCGUCUUACGGGCGCGCGUGCUCUGCAGCCCAUCGAGGGGCAUGCCUUCCUGUCAUACAUCGACGAUAUUGACGGUUCGUGGUUUCCAGGGCAAGAGGAAGACUUUGGAUAUGCCAUGCGCACAUUGAGCAAAGCGCACCUGCCGAUGAGCGGAUUCGUCACAGAUACGUCGGUGGUUAAAUGGAGGCAGAACGCAAGCGUUCCCUUCGACCCCAUCAGCCAGGUUCCACUCACCUCCAACAUGACGCUGCAUGCGGUCGCCUCGCAAAACAGCCUCAACGUCUGGCAGGUUGCGACCAUGCCAAUCGACACUGCCCGCCUGGCAGACGAUCGGCCGAUCCUCUUCAAUGCAACGGAUGGCAACGCCACGUCGAACCAGAUGACUCCUUACGCUACCAUCCCAUUUGGCACAGUUGUCGACAUUAUCAUGGAGAACAACAUCUACUCAAUCGUAGGUGGUCCAAACAGUCCACAUCCUUUCCACAUGCACUCGCGUCGCUUUUGGAUCAUCGGUAGCGGUGCUGGACCUUUCCCUGCUGACACGGUGGCGGAAGCGCAGCAGCAAGGUACCGUCUUCAACCUGCUGAACCCGCCUCUGCGGGACGGCUUCGACAUCGACUCGAAUUCUUGGGUCGUGAUCCGAUACGUCGCGGACCACGCCGCGGCCAACAUCCUUCACUGCCACAUUGACGACCAUGCCAUUGAAGGGAUGGCGGCGGUCUUGCUCGAAGGCCUCGAGACGAUCCCAGCCGGCGGCAACUUUAGCGACUCGGUCAAGGCACGCCCUCCCGGAUGGGUUGAGACCAAGACCGACGAACUGGGUCAGGUGCUCGAAGCAGCUUGGGCUACCGGGUCCGUCAACGCGAAGUACGAGGCUCCCGCGCCGACGGACACGGUGGACCCUUGGGGCGACCCGAGGUCCUUGGCGGAGAGCAUCCAGCUGUACGCCAGCUCGAACAGCGUUUUGAAGGCUCUUACCAGCUCCUUGUUGAGCGAGAUGAGCGCGGUAGAGGCUACGGCAACGCGCAGCGUUACGGCGAUUACAGCCACAGUCUCGGACCAGUUGACGACGUUUACAGGCGUCGACGCUAGCACAGGCGUAUUUGCAACGCAGGCGUUCGCAACGACAACCGCUGGUGCGCCUGCGAGCUCUGCCAUCAAUGCGGCGGCAACGCUGGCUGGGACGACGGAUGCGGAGACGAACGAUUCUCCAUCGACGGCGGCCGCGACAGCGACAUUGCCGCUCGUGACUGGUACCCUGGUGACCUCUGCUAACACCGCUCAAUCGACGCUGUUUGCCGUCGCCUACACGACAGAGGUGGUGACUGCCGCCAGUGCCACCGCCGCGAAUUCUGCGUCGCUCAUUGCAGGUGUCGUCACUUCGUCUUCAACUUCGACGGUCUUUGUCACUGUGCUCGGGCCGUCGUCGGGUGCUCGAUCCGUCUCUUCUUCGCCAAGAGCCACGGGGACCGCAGACUUGUCGGCUACACACUCGGCGAGCUCCAGUCUUGCCAAUGUCACGCCGCAGACCACUGCCAAUGCAGCAGUCUCUUCCACUCGUCGAGCCUCAGUCAGUACUGCGCGAACGGCCUCUUCGACUCUGGCAGCGAGUGAAUCGACGAGCACGGCACACACCUAUUCGGCGAUCGCCACGCAGCAAGUCAUCUCGACCACGUUUGGCUCGCUCGACAGAGCCGCAUCGACCAGUGUUCAAGUAACAGACACCUCGAUACGGCCCACUGCGAACAGUGAGACCACUCUCACGACUCAGACUGCGUCGAUCAGGCUGUCAUCCACUGCAGUGGGAGAUCCAGCGACGCCGGCCAGCUCUGAGCCAGCUGUUAACGCCACGCUCAACCCUGCCAACUACGGAACGAACGCUGCUACUGUCACGUUCCCCGCGAAUCCAACGAGUGCGACCGCGGCCGCUUCGGAGGCCACAGCCACUGCUAGUGACAGCGAUGACGAGCCCGCUUAUGACAGCCCCGUCUUUCCAACAGCCUCUGCGACUACGGCUGCCACUCAAACGCAGAUUGCAGUCGCAUCCACCAGUGCUGCAUUUGAUCCCUCGAGCUCUUCAGCGGAUGAUGGGGACGACGGCGAGGAAGGUUGA